AUGAACCGAUAUGUGACUUUUGAUGCAGAAGUUAUCACUCAAGCCAGGGAUGCAGUCAUUCUAGAGAGCUCUGCCAAAGUUUCCAAAAGUAAAAGGAAACCUCAUUUAGUCGGGAGGCCAGCAGAGGGAGUUCUCAGCAUCGCAGCCCAAGCCAGGACCUGGCAGGACGUGUUCCUCAUGAUCAGGCCCCACAAGACCACCAUCUUCGCGUAAGCCAAGGAGCCCAGCACCUUGUUCAAGCUGAAGCGCAUCUUCGAGGGCAUCUUCAAGUGGCCGCCCGACGAGCAGCCGCUGUACAAGAACGACCAACUUCUGGAUGAUGGCAAGACACUGGGAGAGUGCGGCUUCACCAGUCAGAUGGCACGGCCGCAGGCCCCAGCCACCUUGGGGCUGGCCUUCCGGGCAGAUGAAGCUUUCGAGGCCCUGCACAUCGAGCCCUUCUCCAGUCCACCCGAGCUGCCCGAUGUAAUGAAGCCACAGGACUCAGGAAGCAGCGCCAAUGAACAAGCGGUGCAGUGAGAGGGCCCCGGGCCCGCCCCCAGUGGCCUCCCUCCCAAUAAAAGAGAUUUGGG